ACAGAGAGUCAGUCUACAACCGCGUCCUUUGGAGGAAAUACGUUGCGUCUCUUUUUUCACCCAUAUAUUAUAAAACAAAAAUACUCCAAUUGCAUUUUAACUCCAAAAAUAAACAACUUACUCUUCCCUUCGUGUCGUCUACAUAAGAACUGAAAUUCUAAUUUUUCUUUUGUGUAAUAUUAAUAGUAUUUUUAUUUCUUGAUUCGAAUGGUGAAUCUGUGCGAUCUUCAAGACCCCAACUAAACGACGAGGACGAUUCCAGGAAGGGAGACGGGAGUGUUGAAGUUUUCUUUUUUCUGAUUUUGUGGCCUUUUAGGAUGUACAGUUUUGUUUUGUGUUUGAGUUCAAGUGUUAAAGUGUUUUUACAGUCUAGAAUCGAUUGUUGGCACAUUAUGGACGCGAUGUAAACAAGACAAAAUUGGAAUUUCGAUCGAUUACAAAAACACAUGGGAAUUAGAUCGCCACGCAGCAUCUACUGAUUCGAAGCAAGAGAACUCGCGUACCAAAAAAAAGGAAAAACAAGCCGCUUCUACUCCUCGAAGGAUGCAUCCAGGGAACGAAUCUCACAGGUUGGCCGCAACAAGGAGAUGAAAGGCCUGAAUGGAGGCCGAGGAAGUUGCAGAGCCCCCCGGGGCUCCGAUCGACAUAUCUUUGCUAACGGUUCGUAAAAUCGUUGCUUCGAAAAGAAGCAAUAUUUAACAGCAUUAUCGUUAUCGCCUAACACUUCACAACGAUUGACAACUGUCAAUAGAAUAGAAAAAAGAUUCUACUUAUAAAAAGUAAGACUAUUUUUACUUUAAAAACAAAGUAAGAGGAGAAAAAAUGGCGGCACCUGUGAUAGAGAAGAAGCGAUUCUUCUGCAGAGAGUGGGCCUUCACGAAACUCUCGCACUGUUUGGAGCAGAGGCCCGCUUCGAAAACAUGUGGAGCCCUGAUUGUCGGUGGUCCAGGAAGUGGGAAAACUGCCCUCUGCGCCGAAUUAGCUUGGCCCUCUCAAGGAGCAAGUGGACGGCAUCAGAGGUCCCUGAAUAGAAGACUACUAGCCAGGCAUUUCUGUCAAGCGAGAAGUGCCGUCUCCCUCUCGCCAGCUCAGUUCGUCAGAUCGAUGGUGGCACAGCUUCUGCAAGCCAGCACCGAGGGAAUUCACUUGUCCUCACCCAAUUCACCGACUCACAGCACCACAACAACAUCUUCAACUCCCCUAUCCUGGAGAGAGUCCGUAGUUGAGGCGUACGCCGAGAAAUUAAGAACAGAUCCCGAAAUACAAGCGGCAUUGCAACCAGAUGUCGUCGACAGAGACCCUGACGACGCUCUAAAGAAGGCACUCCUCUUUCCCCUCCUCGAGGUCGAACCACCGAAAAAUUGCCUCUUCCUCCUCGUCGACUCAAUAGACGAAGGUCAAGUUCUAAGUCCACCCCAGUCAGGAACGCGGGACUCGAGGAGGGAGAAUGAUGGCGUCAGCAAAACGAUCGCCGAACUCCUGGCGAAUCACCAUCAUUUAUUUCCACAGUGGCUUCUUCUUGUUUGCACUGCCCGGAGGCAGAGCAAAACUAUUUCGAGAAUGUUCACUGGAUUUAGAAAGAUAUCCCUCGACGACUUGAGAAAGUCCCAGGUGGUUCGUGAUGUGCAGCAGUACAUUCUGGCGAGACUCGAUCAGGAAGACACACUCAGACAGCAUAUAUCGAGAGACACGGCCGAGAUGCUGAAUCAAUUACACAUUAAGAGUAAUGGCUGUUUUCUAUAUUUGGAGAAGGUCCUUGACGGCGUGUCCGAGAAUUUCAUUGUAUUGCGGGAAGUCAGAGAGAUUCCGGGUACCUUAAACGGACUCUAUUUGUGGUUAUGUCAAAGACUGUUUAGUAGGAAGCAAUUUGCCAAAGUGCAACCUUUGCUUAAUGUCAUACUGGCCGCCAAGUUGCCAAUCACUCAGGAAACACUCUUCGAGUGUGUUAAAACCGCUAACAUCAGUAUUACUCAGGAGGACUUUAAUCGAAGGUUGCACCUACUCAGAAGGGUCAUAUCAGUUUCAAGAGCUGGAGCACUGAUGCUGUUCCAUCAUAGUUUCGCCGAGUGGCUUCUUGACGUGAAACAUUGCACGCAAAAGUAUCUCUGCUCAGCAACAGAAGGUCAUGCCAUGCUCGCAGUUUAUUACACUUUACGAGCACGUCAGUUAAGUGCUGAUGAAAUUUGUGUUCUGGGACAACAUCUUCAACGUGCAAUGUCCUCAGUUGGAAAUGCCAACUGCUCCCUGGAUAUUCACACCCUACAAGUUCUUUGGAUGAUUGGAAGCGGUGCACCAAUUCAAGAAUGCUACCUCGACAGCUCCGAUUGUAUACUUUGGCCCCGGCAAGACACCAAACUACUUAGACUUUUAAUUGAUUCAGGAGCGAAACCCUCCGAGAAAGCUGUUGAGGACGAAGCCAGUAAAGAAGUCGUUGAUUCUAGUCAGGUCUCACAAGAUGUGAGCCCCAUGGACGAGUCUCCUGGCGAACCCUUGACGGAACUACUCGGAGAAAGUGGAGACAUCAAUCAAGCAGAUUCGUGUGGACGAACUGUUUUACAUACCCUCGCCGCUGAUGGAAAUGCAUCGCUGAUGGAAUUGGCCCUGGCUGCAUGUCCUCAGGCCAAGUUGGAAGCUACCGAUCGACAUGGACAAACACCUUUAAAUCUAGCCGCGAGACAUGGUUAUUCGGAUGUUGUAAGGGUUCUUUUAGCAGCUGGAGCUUCUGCUGAUCAUGCAGAUUGUGAUGGAUGGACGGCAUUGAGGGCUGCCGCCUGGGGUGGACACACACAGGUUGUUGAGCAGCUUUUGGAGCAUGGGGCAAAAGUUGACUGUGCAGAUUGGGAUCAACGUACGGCUUUAAGAGCAGCAGCUUGGGGAGGUCAUGAAGAUAUUGUCAAAGCACUCUUACAGCAUGGAGCUGACGUUAACAGAACCGACGACGAAGGAAGAACGGCUUUGAUCGCAGCAGCUUAUAUGGGACAUAGCGAGAUCGUCGAACACCUUCUUGACUUUGGAGCAAAAAUCGAUCACGCCGACAGCGAUGGAAGAACGGCACUCAGCGUCGCGGCUCUAUGCGUUCCCUCUAAUCAUGGAUACGCCAAAGUGGUUACGAUCCUGUUGGAACGAGGGGCGGCCGUCGACCAUCAGGACAAGGAUGGAAUGACUCCGUUAUUGGUGGCAGCUUUCGAGGGUCACAGAGACGUUUGCGAAUUGCUGUUGGAGUACGAGGCAGAUGUGGAUCAUUGCGACGCUACAGGACGAACUCCAUUGUGGGCCGCAGCGAGUAUGGGACAUGGAUCCGUUGUUGCGCUUCUAUUGUUCUGGGGCUGCUACGUCGACAGCAUAGAUAACGAGGGCAGAACUGUUCUCAGCGUGGCGGCCGCGCAAGGUGGCACCGAUGUCGUCAAACAGCUUCUUGACAGAGGUUUGGACGAGCAGCACAGGGAUAAUUCUGGUUGGACGCCGCUGCAUUACGCUGCAUUUGAAGGUCACGUAGACGUUUGCGACGCUCUGCUGGAGGCGGGGGCUAAGGUAGAUGAAGCGGACAACGAUGGAAAGGGUGCACUCAUGCUUGCUGCGCAAGAAGGACACACGGCUUUAGUGGAAAGACUGUUGGAACAGCACGGAGCGCCCAUCGAUCAGCACGCGCACGACGGAAAGACCGCGUUGAGACUAGCAGCUUUAGAGGGGCAUUACGACACAGUCAAGGUUCUGCUAUCACAUAAUGCCGACAUUAAUGCUAAAGAUGCCGAUGGAAGGAGUACGCUAUAUAUUCUCGCGUUAGAAAACAGAUUGGCGAUGGCUAGGUUCUUACUCGAGCAUGCACGGGCCGAUGUGGAAAGUAGGGAUUCAGAGGGAAGAACUCCACUUCAUGUGAGCGCUUGGCAAGGCCACGUGGAAAUGGUGGCUCUUCUAUUGACCGAAGGCUCUGCUGGUGUUAACGCUUGUGACAAUGAAAAUAGGACACCUCUUCAUUCAGCCGCUUGGCAAGGACAUGCAGCAAUCGUCAGAUUACUUUUGGAAAGUAGUGCAACUCCAGAUCAUACUUGCAAUCAAGGCGCGACUGCUUUAGGAAUAGCAGCACAGGAGGGACACGAGCAUUGCGUGAGAGCUUUAUUAAAUCACGGAGCCGAUCCAAAUCAUUCCGAUCACUGUGGCAGGAAUGCAAUAAAAGUUGCUGCCAAAAGUGGACACGACACGGUUGUCAGAUUACUUGAGGAACAUUCGGCGAAUCAACGAAUUUUAAGGCCUGGUAUUAAUGGAGGUGGAAGUAGUAGUGCAACGUCUGUUACAUCGAAUUCAACAGCCGAGACAAAACCCUCUUCAGCCAUUUUAAAUCCCCUCUCGACACAAUACAGUCCCGCAGAAUCUCCCGAUUCGACAAAAAGAAGAAGUUGCGUUUCCUUGGGCAAUAAUUCUAGCAACAGUAAAUCCAGCAGUAACUUGACUGGAAGCACGAAGAGCGACCAGGGAAAAUUCGGACCAAAUCCCACGGUUAACCAAGUGAUAAAGGCGCCACUUUCAUUCACGCAACAAUUACAACAAUGUUCCCGAGGAGCAAAAAGUCGUCCCUUGAGUAAAUUGCUCUCGCCCUUGAAGAGCGAGCCACAAAGUCCAAUCUAUGCAUCACCUCCUCAUUCGCCAGUGAGCGAUAGCCUUAUUCCGUAUUCGCCGACGAAUACAAGUCCACCGAGUGCGCAGACGGCCGCGAGUGUCAUACAAAGUCAACUGGGAGUCUCUCUCUUAACUGGGAACCAAAGUAUUCAAUAUAAAAUACAAGGCGGAGGUUAUAAUCACACUUCGGCGAUUUAUGAGCCAAUAAAUAUCAAAACGGAAAUCAUUGAGCGAAAUGAUGGGACGAAACCGUUUGAACUGACAAACGAAAUGCUGGGUCUUGGAAUUGGAAAGGAGAAGAAGAACGGACACGAUGACAAAAGAAAUUCAGCGGACACUCAUUUCACACGUGACACACAUAUGAGAAUUAUUUUAGGAAAUAGUGGAGCGGGCGUUGGUCGAAAUGUCAAACACACUCCGGAACACAUUACUGGAAGUGCUAGUAACGCGAAACCAAAGCGAAACGGGUUAGUUUCGAAUCCCGCCAUGAGAUUAGUAGCGGGAGUCAGAAAUGGAAUUGAAAACGCAACAAAUCGAAACAAACCGAUAACAACACGUGUCAAUGGAUUCCAGUGGAAGGCUGAGGCAAGAAAAGAAACUCCUCUAUAGGAUCAGCAGAUAGUCAACUGCGGAAGAAUUGCAAAUCGACAUCGCGGUUGGCGUGAAUUUCUCGAUAAGAAGCGAAAGUCAAUAAAUAAGUUUUUCUCCUUUUAUUUGAGCGAAAUCAAAUUAACUGGAAUAAAGAAGCGAAGAAAAUAAUAUUCCACAAAAUUGAUUAAUAAAAAAAAAAUGAAAACAAGAAUCUGCGAUAAAAAGCAUGAAACAUUUAUGUUAUAACAAAAUAAUACCAAAUAUUAUGACGCAUAGAAGUGUAUAUGUAGAAUUUUAGAUAAGUAACCCUAAAAUAUAAUAAUGUUAAUUUACUGAUCUCACUAAUAAUAUACGUCAUCUAUGUUUGAUGAAUAUUAUUAAAGUCUCAGAAAUCGGUAGAGUUCUAAUGACAAAACUACUAGAUAAGAAUUGAGAUCUUUUUAAGACUGGUUGCAAAGUUUAGAAUGCACGCGAAAUGGUAUUUCGAACAAAAAAAUGAAAAAUUUUAGAAACAGACGACAAAAAAAUGUAUAGAGUGUAAAAAUUUAAUAAAAAAAAAUAAAUAAAUGAAAAAUGUUUGAAUUUUAGAAUUUCGAAGACGAUAAAAAAAUACGUAAAAAUUAUGGCCUGCAGAAUGCCUGUGUACAUACACCACUUUAUGUAUUGCACACGAUCAUAUUUAUUAUUAUAAUGUAUUAGAGAUGAUAAAUAAAAAUUCAAGUAAAAAUUUUCUAAA